UCACUAUUUUGUUUGUACAAUGUUAUUGAAGAUUAAUGAGCUUGAUGAUUUAUAUCAUGACAUCACCUGAAAAUUCAUGUGAUCACAGCUUUAUGAAACAUUUGAUAAGAAAAAGGAAAAAUGAAAGUCAGUUAAACACAAAAGUUCAAAUUAAAGACAAAAUGAGCGAGUUUAAAAUUCACCAUCAUGCGUCUGAAUUACUGAAACUUUUUGAGAUACAAGGUGGUGAUGGACCUGAGGUUUAUGCAGAGCUUCUUACAAAAGACAUUACUCCCUAUGUUACUUCACAAGUAUCUAGCCAUACUGCUAAGCGUAAAAUUGCUGAAAACAGUCCAGUACCUUCUGAGUUCCAAAAAAAAUAUGAAGAAUUAAAGUCAAAAAAUGUAAGAGAGUUGGAUUCAUUUGUGUACUUAUUGUCACUGAUUGUUCAAGAUAACAGUAUCGCUAAUUUUGUUGAAAAUAACGAAAAAGAACGCAGAAAGCUAAAGUUGAGUACUGUUCCUGCUCGAAAAACUUCAGCACCAUUAACUCAAGCAGGUAAAGAACUUGAAGAACUAACAAAAUCUAUUCCUAAAUCUACUUUUAUGUCUCAACAGGAUGUCCUUGAUCUUAAAACUAAGUUAGCAAAUAUAUCAGCAAACGCUUCCCAAAGCUCAACUGAUGAUCUAGUUAAAGCGUUGCGUGAUAAACACGCGAAGAAGCUUGGAAAAGGUUUGCCUGUUUUGCCUAAUUGGGCUUUUGAGAGGCCUUUUCUUACAAAUAACUUUGUUGAAGUAUAUCGGUCAAAUUACAAUGAACCAUUAGCAAUCGGAACCUUGCCAGUAAAAGCUCAACAAGUUAUGUUAAUAGAAGAUCUUUUGUUUUUGUUUAUGGGAAUUGAAGGCAAAUACAUAACAAUUAAAGAUGAAGUGGAAAAAAAGCGCAUAACUACAUUUGUUAUUGAUAAAACUCUAGAUACCUCUUUACAAGAAAUUAUAAACCGAAUUUUACCAAUUUGUACAAACUAUUCUAAAGUAUGUCAGUUUAUAGAAGAAGGAUCACGUUUUGAAAAAGGGUUAGUUAGUCAUGGCUUGUGCUCUGCUAUGCGAUCUCUUCUUAAAGAUUACUUUAUUUUUGUUGCUCAGCUUGAAAAGCAAUUUAGAAGUGGUCUACUCACAUUGCAAAAACUUUGGUUUUACAUACAACCCUCUAUGAAGACAUUAGAUAUUCUUUCUAAUAUAUCAGUUACUAUAGAGAAAGGGUCUUGCAGAGGGGCUUCAAUACUAACUGUGCUGCAUGAAAAAACAGAAGCUUUUACUGGAGACCCAAAGGGGAGAGAUUUGUGCUUGUAUCUCACGCAGGCUGCUUGUGUAGCAUACUUUGAAAUAAUGCAAAGAUGGAUUUAUGAGGGUAUCAUAAAAGAUCCGUACGGUGAAUUUCUUGUAGCUGAACAUGAAUCUGUGCACAAAGAGCGAGUUGCUGAAGAUUUUAAUGAUCAAUAUUGGGAACAACAUUACACAAUUGAAAGAGAGAGAAUUCCAAAAUUUUUAGAGAGAGUAGCAGAGAAGAUUCUUCGUACUGGAAAAUACUUAAACGUGAUACGGCAGUGCGGCCUAAGCAUAAACUGUCCUCAUGCUCGGGAGAUUGUUUAUUGUUUAAGAGAGCGUGAUUAUGUAGAGCAUAUUGAAAAGGCUUAUGAUUAUGCGUCUUAUACUUUGCUCGAUAUGUUAAUGACUGAGAAAAAGUUAUUGCAGCGCUUGCAGUCUAUAAAACACUAUUUUCUGCUCGAUCAGGGUGAUUUUUUUGUGGGAUUUAUGGAUUUAGCAGAAGACGAGCUUAAAAAAAAAAUGGAUGAUAUUGUGCCUACUCGUCUCGAAGCUCUACUAGAAUUAGCAGUUCGCACAAGUACAGCAAAUAGUGAUCCCUUUAAAGAUGAUCUUAAGUGUGAUCUGCUACCGUAUGAUUUGAUUUCUCAGUUAUUUAGAAUUUUGUCUGUGACGAGUGACAAGAACGUUCCAAAUUACAAAGACACUGUCGAGCAGCAAAUUUCUGGACUAGAAGCAUUUACGCUUGACUAUGAAGUGAAAUGGCCAUUGUCUUUAAUUCUAAGCAAGAAAGCUUUGACCAAAUAUCAAAUGCUGUUCCGUCAUUUAUUCUACGCAAAACACGUUGAAAGGUUGCUCUGCAAUUUAUGGUCGAGUAGCAAAGCCACAAAAAAAAAUAAAUUUUAUAAUCGUUCAUGGUACUCUGUUGCGUUUGCACUUCGUCAACGCAUGAUUCAUUUUGUCCAAAAUUUUGAAUAUUAUAUGAUGUUUGAAGUAAUUGAGCCCAAUUGGCAUAUUUUAGAAAUUAACUUGCGUUCGGUUGUGAAUAUAGAUGGCGUCUUAGAGUUUCAUAAUGAUUUUUUAGAUAGGUGUUUAAAAGACUGCAUGCUAACAAGUCCUGAACUUUUGAAAAUUGUUAGUAAAUUGAUGAGCGUGUGUGUUACAUUUAGUAACUCUAUAAUUCGAUUUGAUUCAAAUCUUGACAUUGUUCCAGGCGCUGAAACUUCAAGAAUUUCUAAGGUAACAAUGCAUCCUUUUGACAAAAAGAUGUCGCCUGUUGAAAUUGAGAAAACUGUAAAAAACUUCGAAAUUAAUUUUUCGAAACUUUUAAUUGGUUUGUUAGAUAAACUAAGCCUAGUGUCAAGUAGUGAAAAAGAACAAGAGAUGAUGAACCUUGUUUUUAGGUUAGACCAUAACAGCUUUUAUUCGGAGACUCAAAGGAAAAAGGUUGCUGAUAUAGUUUCUUAAAUAAUCAACUUAGGUGUAUUUUGCAAAUGCGUUAAUUUUCAAGUUUUGUCGUAAGAUUGAAAUGUUAUACGACAAUUUUAUGUUAAUAUCAAAUAGGGGAGACCAAUUCGUGUAACCAAUCAAUAUC